AUGUCAACUUCGCGGUCGCAAGGUGCCAAAGGCCUGGCCGAAGCUGGUGAGGAGGAUGCAGCCGGUGGGCCGCUGGAUCGGUCCGAAGUGCUCCACACGGGCGACAUUGUCCUACUGAAGUGCAGCUUGCUGGAGGAGCCGGGUGUAUGCAGGUGUCAGGCGGUGACCAAGAACACGGCAGUUGUUGACACCUUGUUUUCCUUCAGUUUCCAGUUCCUGAAAGUCCAUACGCCCCGGCCAGGGGGCCCCUUCCUGCCGUGCAUGCCGCCCUGCCUCAGCAAAUCUUCCUCGAAGUAUUGGGUGACUCCUUGGAGUUGCUGCUUGAGCCAAAUCAACUGCGAUGAGGGCGUGGGUGAGCCGGAAAUGAUCGCUGUGCGAGCGGUGCCGAGUGGGGCCUUGCUCCUGAAGCUGGAACUGUGUCCGCACCGAUCCUUCAGGAAGUUCAGUUUCAUCCGUGGCAACAACGAUGAGCUGCUGGGAGCUAUGCAGACCUUGGAGAAACACCGGCCCUUAGAAAGCCAGCGCAGCAGCUACGCCAUUUAUGGCAAGCAGCACCUUUCCGGCUGUCAAACCAUCAGCGUGGAAGGUGAGAUGCUUUUCCAGUGGGCCACUUUGUCCCGAGCCCCAUUCACAUACGAUGCCAAGAUGCGGGUGGAAGCUCGACUGGGGCAUUGCCGGAUCCAGAUUCCAGGCUUGGACGAUCACUAUGCAGGCUGGAUUGCCGCCUCCCAGAUGGGUAGUGAGAAACAAGACAAGAAGCUCCACGAGUAUCUUGUCGCGCCCGGAGUGGAUCCUGGCCUGGUCGUGUGUGGGACCUUUGCGCAGCUCCUGGCUCAGGACGAGCUUCAGCUGGAUUGA